CAACUUCUGCUCCUUCUUUCACAUGCCGUCACAGCAGUCAUACGAUGCAUUUCCUGCCAUAGCGGGCAGCUUGCAGAUGCUGUUUAUGCCCGAUGAUAGGCGCCAGUCGGGCAUAGCCCGUUGAAAGCCAGUCGAGCUGCACAAUCUGCACGAACACUACCUCUAUAUAAGACUCGGCGCGGGCGGGAUUCGACGCGGCGAUGAAUAUCUUAUCGGACGCGACGUGUAUUUGUAUCAGCGCCAGCUGAACAGUUCGAAAAGCUUCGCGUUCCUGAAACUACAACACCAUGACAUCAGAGUGGGUAAUCCGCGAAACGCACAUGCAGGACACGGCUCCUUGCUCCGCAAACCUCCGGCUCCCCAUAAAUCCUCCUAAUUCCCUUCAAUCCAUUUCUCUUUGCCCCCUCAUGCCAUAGCAGGCUCAAUUGGCAACAAUGGGUCUCGAACACUUCCUCCAACAACUCGUCACCAACCCGAUCCUCUUCCUCUACCAGAUCUUUCAAUGGGUCCUUGAUCGUCUCCUCUCGCCCACUCCUCCGCCUCUCCACACAGACCUCAAGCGUCCCAAGAUCGCUAUCAUCGGUGCUGGUCUCACCGGCGUCUCCGCAGCCUCGCAUUGCGUCGGCCAUGGCUUCGACUGCCGCAUCUUCGAAGCCGGACCCAAAGAGCACCUCGGCGGCAUAUGGAGCAAAGUCAACAACACCUCGGGGCUCCAAAUCCACUCCAUUAUGUACCGCUUCCAUCCCUCCGUAAAAUGGAAGAAAGGCUAUCCCGACCGCCAACAAAUCGUCUCCCAAAUCACCGACCUCUGGCACCGCUACGGCCUCGAAUCAAAAACAACCUUCAACAUGCGCGUCGACAAGGUAUACAAAGACCCGCUAGGGCGUUGGAUCAUCAACGACCCAUCGUACGGCCGCUUCGACGGCGUCAUCGCCGCGAUAGGAACGUGCGGCGACCCCAAAAUGCCCACGCUGCCCGGCCAGGAGAACUUCAAGGGCGAGAUAUACCACUCGAGCCAAUUAGACGGAAAGUCGGCCAAGGGAAAAAAAGUGGCCAUCAUAGGUGGCGGGGCCUCCGCAGUCGAAGCACUAGAAUUCGUCGCCGCAGAGGAGGCCGAACACACAUACGUGCUCGCGCGCUCGGAGAAAUGGAUCAUCCCACGUAAUCCGCUCAUCGACUCGCUCCUCGCCCUCAACAUCUUCGGCUCCGAAACAAUCUUCUCAUGGAUCCCCGAGAACAUCCUGCGCCUCUUCUUCUACCGUGACCUCUACGACAUCUCGCCCCCUAAAAGCUCAGGAAAAGGCAUCUUCACCGAAACCCCCAUGGUCAAUGACGAUGUCCUCGACCUCGUCCGCAGCGGCAAAGCGUCCUGGCUGCGUGGCGACAUCCUCGGGUACGAUUCCUCCGGUGCCGGCAUCCGCUUCAACAGACGUGCCCAGGGCGUCCCUAAGAACGGUCCCGGAACCGAGAAACUCAUCGAAGCCGACAUCGUCAUCAUGGCAACCGGGUACCAGCGCCCAAGCCUCAAAUUCCUCCCCAGCGAAGUCUUUGAACCCCCAUACGAUCCACCAAAUUGGUACCUCCAGGUGUUUCCCCCGGAACAUCCCGAUAUCUGCGCCAACAACUGCACUUACGUCAACGCCAUCGGUACAGUGGGAAACUACCAUAUCGGCAUCUACACGCGCUUUUUGCUCAUGUAUCUCGUGGACCCGCUCGCGCGCCCACGCACAUGGUGGAUGAAGCGCUGGAUCGACAUGACGCGAUGGAUCAAGGCGAAAGCGCCAGGCGGCGCUUUCGACUUCUUCACAUACUCUGAGCUGAUAUACUGGUUCAUUUUCACCAUUGUGAUUAAUCCGUUUCGGUGGAAGUGGGCGUUCUUCGUGCUGUUUGGCGUGGGGAAGGAUUUGCCGCUGAAGGUCGUGGAGAGCGAGGACAAGGUGCGGAAUGGGAUGGGGAUGAGGAAUGCCUUUCCGAAUCAUGAGGAAGGGGCGUGGAUGGGGAGCGGGAGGAGUCGGGGAAGGGAGAAUUAG